AUGGCCCCGGGCAGCCAGAACUCGCGAUCGAAAGAUAAAUCCGAUAAAGCCGAUAAAUCUGACAAAGCCGAUAAGCCCGUAUUAAAUGCUAUUAAAGACCUCAAGGCAUCAGCAGCAGCUGUACUUCAGCAUCUUGAACACUUCGACACGGUUGAGAACUUGCAGAGGCAGGUCAAAGAACUCAAUCAGCAAUUAAAGGAAGCCAAUGCAAAGGUCGAAAAGGCUCAGGAAGAGCAAAAGCAAAAUGAUAUAACGAAGGAAGAAUUGACAAAGUCGUUCGAGCAGCGCAUUCUGAAAUGGAAGGAGAGAGAGCAUAAAUUGGAAGCUCAACUAGAUGAAGAACGCACUAGGGCUGAGUUGAGUUCGCAGAAGAAAGAUCGGGAAUGUAAGGAACAGUUGGCAAAGUACGAGAAAAAGUUACGCAAGUUAGAAGAGGAUCUUGAGUGCGAGAGGGAUAAGAAUACCGACCUAAAUUCCCGUUUCCGGCGGACCGAGAAGACACUAAAUGGCCUUCGUGGAGAUUUCCACAUCGUACAUUUGGAACAAGACUUUUUCUCCAAAAGUUUCAAAAAUCUCGAAGACAAGCUCUUUGACCUGACUGAACGGUUCUUCAAGGGCCCUUUGCAACCCUUCGAUCAGGGACAACACCAUUUUCCUCGGACUUCGCAACCGAUGCUGUUCUCUUACGCCGAGUAUCAUCCUGUUCCAUGUGCGCGUAUUGCCCAGUCACUCAUUGCGGAUCGACUAGCUAGGGAUGUCUUCAAGCCCAUGUGUAUUGCAUCACCGAAGGGGCUCAAGAGCAUGGGCGAUGAAAUCCAGAGAUCCGCGAACGAACCUCGCCAGAAGGCAAUACUUCGCUCACUUCUCUUCAAAACCUUCCGCGAAGAAGAGGAAGAACAACAAAGGGACAUUAUAAAAUCAGUUACGUCAGAGCUCCUCCACGAGCUAGAAGCGAUGUUGAGCUCCGAGGGUAAUAGUGUGUUCGAGGAAGAGUUGAUUACCUAUCUGGAAACAGCUGCCGACAUAUGGAACCAGAUGAAGAGGGGAUCAGAUUGGGUAUUGGCGUCUUCCAUUUGGCACAACAACUUCCCGGCUUGGAAUAAGACUAGGGGGCCAUCGAGUAGUACUGCGGUGGGACAACAACGACUACUACCAGGACCUCCAUGGAUUGUCAUAUUUCCACAAAUGUAUGUUGAUGGAAAUGAUUCCCUGUUCUAUCCGGGGUCCUUGUGGUCUUUCGAUCCGGCGCCGGCUGAAGAGAAGCGAAAUGCGCAAUCUCCCCGAGCUCGACGAGUAUCGGCGUCGCGGAGCUCCAAAAGCCCAACUGUAGCGGAAGCCAGCUCUGAUCCGGGGGUCACAGCGUAUCGAAGUCUUGCAUCGAGGGAUAAGGUCUCUGAAAUGAGUCGCAAAGUAUCUUCUGAUUCCGAGGGCCAGCGAAGAUGUAAAUCUACUUGCUGA